GCAGUCCAACGACAAGGUUGCUGUGUAUGUUGACAACUCCACGUUGGAGCUGGUCAGAGCGCAUGCUGGCAAAGACGCCCAGCGCUAUCCCUUAGAAGUUGGCCCUGAAGGCUUUGCAGUGGCAAAAGUGGAUGGGGCCACAGUGCCCACUGAGGAGAGGGCAGCUGAGCACUCGAACUCUGAAGGCUCAGAGCCGCAUCGCAAGAACGAAUACAGCAAAAUGUUUUACAAGGC